AUGCCUGCACCUACAGCCUUGAAAAAGGCCGAACAGACCCCACUCGAAGUAGCAGAGCCUUCACUGCAGACCCAAGAACCGCAAGAUGAAUUCCUUUUGGGAGAACUGGACGCCAUGCCUGUAGACAGUCAAGCUCCACCACCAUUGGACCAAGGGGAUGACUCCAUGGCCAUUGACGAGGAAGGCAGACCGCGCUUUGCUCCAGCUAGAGAUAUUGACCCUGUCACGAGAGCAGAGACACGAAAGGUUCCCGUCCCGCCUCAUCGAAUGACGCCUCUGAAACAAGCGUGGACGCAAAUCUACCCUCCACUUGUAGAGCACCUGAAGUUGCAAUGUCGCAUGAAUAUCAAGCGGAAGACGGUGGAGCUGAGAACAUCGCAGCAUACCAUCGACACAGGUGCCUUGCAGAAGGGCGAGGACUUUGUCAAGGCAUUCACCCUUGGUUUCGAGGUUGAUGAUGCUAUUGCGUUGCUGAGGCUGGAUGAUCUUUAUAUCGAAACCUUUGAAAUCAAGGACGUUCGGACCAUGCAUGGCGACAGUCAAGCCCGCGCCAUUGGGCGGAUUGCUGGAAAGGACGGGAAAACAAAGUUUGCCAUCGAAAACGCCAGCAGAACCCGCAUCGUUCUGGCCGAUUCCAAGAUUCACAUUUUAGGGGGGUUUAAAAACAUACACAUGGCACGAGAGUCGGUAGUGAGCCUGAUUCUCGGCAAACCCCCGGGCAAGGUAUAUGGAAAUUUGAGAACUGUGGCUGCCAGGAUGAAGGAAAGGUUUUGA